AUGCCAGGUAUGUAUGAGUUCUUCGUCCUCCAUUUACUUGAUGAAGGAAGGGGAAAAAUCCAUCUUGCUGGUGAGAAAGGAUUGUUAUUGGCCAAUCGUGAAUUUGUUGAUCGGAUGAAUUACAUGAUCACGACUUCAGUAUCCUCAGACUAUUGGGGUUACGAAAAAUCUGAGGUGUUUAUGUCUCUACUGGAAAGAAUAGAUCUCAACGUCUCACAUGAUUGUUGGUGCUCCGCAAUGGAUCUAGAAUACGGUGGAAAUGCUAUUGUUGUUUCUGGCAAUGUGCAGCUUGGGACUUCUGAAAUGAUAUUCACUUGA